AUGAGGGAUAUCGAAGACUUUGUAUUUUCCAACAAACAAUGUUUGGCCGUUUGUAUCGCAAAAGUGAGUUAUUCGGCUGAAAAGUGUAUCGAAUUUUGGCUCAUUUCAGAACGAAAACACAAAGUUGACGCAAGUGUUUCAACUGCUGGCAUUAGAUGGCAAAAAUGAAAAUUUUGAAUCGCCGCCACUCAGCCAUAAUGUUCGUGCUUCGCUCAUCGGAAUCGCAAAUUUUUUACUCCACAGUCACGGAAAGGUGUGAGCUCUUUGGCAGGUGAAUGCUCCAAUUCUCGGUCUUUCAGUUCGCCGAUGAGCUCGUUCCCAUGCUGCUCCGAGCCUUGAAUUCUCUUCCACACACAACAUGGAUUGACGACGGACUCUUAAAUAAAUCUGACCGUGAAUUUCUUGCCCGUGUCUUUCACAAGUAGUCUGUUUCUUUUCAGAAAUCCCGGUUCAAGAGCAGUUUGCCUUCUGUUUCAAUACGGCGCUUUCCGAUCUUGCCGCUCGUCUUCCGCCAUUCCGCGAACACAUUGUCUCCGCUCAAACUGAUGCUCUCGCAUGUGCUGUCUCAUCGGUUCUCGAUCUUCUGAAAGACAAAAAGAAUCUGGAGCACAAUCAUGCUCAUGUUGUGAAGCUGAUGUGUUACGUGUUGGGAUUGAUCAGAUCGAUGGGAAGGUUCUCGGCUGAUUACGAGGUUCCGCUCAUUUCUCUUGUAUUUCCUCUGCCUGUCGACGAAACCAAAAAAUGCAAAGGAAUGACUUCUGGUGAAACGUGCGAUCACUUCUGACUCACGUAUUUAAUAAAGCUUGUCAUUUUCCAGAAGACAGCGCCUGAACAUCGAUGAAUUCAUGUACGAAGAGCCGGAUGCCGAUACGAAUUCGGCCUUGGAUGGGUCUCGCUUCGUCAGAAUGUACAAUAAAUUGGGAGCGUCAUUCCAAGUACUCAAUUACACGGGAGGACUCAAACUAACGAUGAGCGCUCACGACCUGGAGAAGCUGUUCGAUUCGGUGCAACGUCUUAUGGAACCGUCCAUUCUGAGCACUCUCGAUCAAAUCGCAGCCGAAACAUUCACUGCCGGAAGUCUCAAGAGAAAUCCGUACAAGACACUCGCUGAAGCAGUCACUUUGUGCUGCCUGUGCCUCCUCAGAGACGUGCUCUCUCUGUACAACGUGGCGACGAACAAGGAAAAACCGGUGACGGAAGCAUUCGCGAAAGAGGUGAACGCAUUCGCAAGAACGGCACUGCAGAAGUUGGACACGGAGUCGCAGAGCAUUCAGCACAGCUCCGAAGACUCCUCCACAAUCUCUAGAGCCAAAUUAAAUGUGCAAGCAGCCACCGUAGCUCUGCAGUUGAUCGCGUGGGCGGCCGUCGACGACAUUGACUCCGAUACGAUCUGCUCUUCGAUUUCUCCGCGCCUUUUCGCCAAUCAAACACAGCGAACGAUCAUCUCGCAACUGCCGCUUUCUCUGAACGCGAUCCGUUCGUUGGCCAGUCUGGCGGAGAAGUUCCCUGCCGUUGCCACUGCCACUGUCAUUCCUAUUCUCUCCCGUUUCCUCCUCGAACCGGCCCCGAUGCUCACUAAAUUGGCUUCCGAUUCGACACUGGAGAGAGGAAAAUCAGCAGGAGAACUCGGAAAAUCGAGCAACGGAGCAAUGGACGGCAGUUUGAAAAGGAAGUCCGCUCUCGAUACACUCAGAACUACGGCGAUCAAGGCCAUGUGCAGGGCCCUGAAAUCAGCGAUGCGAGUGGAAGUAAGCUGUGUACAGGCGUGUCUCGCCAGUCUCUCCUCCAAACUGUUCGUCUGCUCGAAUGCCAACAACUUGUGAGUCAAUCCUUCCUCCUCUCCCUUUCUUUACAUUUCCUUUUCCACAUUUGAUUCUAUCCUAUUCGAGUUUAGACCGAUUCAUCCCGACUUCAGGUAUGAUUUGCUCGCCGGAUUGUCCCGCAUACGGUUGAUUUUUUGUGCAUUCGCAUGCCCCAACUGACACCUCUUAGCCUAUAGAAUAGUCUCCAAAAUAUUUCGGAAUCUGAAUCUUUUCAGCGUUGUCUCUCUGGUUUGCGAGAAUGCAAUUCAAACACUCGGAGGAAUCGGCGUCGGGUUGGUGGACUCGACGGCCGUCGAGGUGCCCGAGAUGGUCCUGCAGAUCUACCUGCAACGGUUCGCAAAUCCACCGUCACAAUUGGACGUGACGAUGGUGAGGUGCCUGGCGGAAAUGUGGAUUGCUGGAUCGGUAUGUGAUCUGCUCAAUUCAAACCAUUUUCUUUAUUUUUACAGAGAACGAUUUACGAAAACGUCUGGAAACUGUUCACUCAAAUAUGCAUCGAGUCCUCAAAUCGAGUUUACAGCCAGGGAAACUCGGAUUCGCAUGACCAGAGAUACACGUAAGCGGGAAGAUAACUGAAAAGGACGACGUCGUUCUGGUUUAGGCAUGUUUCUCUAGCUGUGGACGUGGCAAUGAGCAGAAUGGCCGAAGGAGUUCGGAAUGAAGAGGACAAAAUGACACUGCUCGUCAGGUACAUUCUGGCAAUCUUUCGGUCUCGACAAAUUUGAAAAGUUCAGACUCCUGGAGCUGUUUGUUCAACUAGGCAUCGAAGGACGGCGCGUCGGAGAGAAAGUGUCGAAGAGCACAGUUAAGGUGAGCCCCGCGCGUGCCAGCUAACUCACAUGUUCCAUCCUUCCUUCUCAUCUCUCGCUCUAAUCUUUUGCAGCUGACUAUAGUGGCUCUGUCCACUUCGGUGAACUCGGUCAAGGUGUGAAUUGCAUUCUCCGUUCCUGUGCUGUUCUCUAGCUGUUGUGUUUUUCUCAUUCUUAUUUCCCUCAAUUCAUUCCGCUUACCGUAAUCACUGUAUUCCUAACAGCGAGAAGCCGCCCACUAGUUUUGUAGCUUGUAGUGCGUAGACACGCGAAGACUCCACUUCCCAUCAUAAGCGUACUUUUCAGAUGUCCACAAGUGCCGGAAACCUGGGAGUUCUCAUGCCGAAGAUCGCAGCUCUGCUCCGUCGGAUGCAGCCCAUUUCGCAACCGACUCCCAAGUUGCGAAGUCUGUUCCGUGACUUCUGGUUCUAUUGUACUGUUCUCGGAUUUGACGUUGAAUCAUCCAGUCUAUGGCCGGAAGAAUGGUACAAUGCCGUGUGCGAGACUGCCACAAAGACUCCAGUUCUCAUCGCCACCGAGAACCUUCGUUCGGAACUCAUCGACAACGCGGCCAUCCGCAGUGAUUCGAUUUCCCCGCAAGAGCUACAAGAGAUGCGGAAUACUGUACUCGCAGAACUUCAACACCAAGCAGAAGCCGUUCCUCUCAUCAAUCGAUUCGAUUUCGCUAACUGCACGUACCUUCUGUCGGUCCACCGAAUGGAGACCAUGCGCCUUUUGCAUGCAAACAACAUCGACGCCUUCAGCUCAUUUUUCAAGUACAUCGAGGACAAAACAAUGCGAAAGGACAAGUCGGGACUGUGGACGUGUAUGCUCGCCGCGGCGCCACAAGUUUUCUAUGAAUGGUGCUUUGAAAUGAUGAAACGAAGAGACAAUGAUCAACCCACUGGAGAGGCGCUCGUCUGGCACGCGCAAUUCCUUCUCUUCAAGUUCAAUCACCAUUUGCGGGAAGUACGGAAAGUGGCCGAUUUGUGUCUCUCAAAACUUAUCGAGAAGUUUCCGUAUCUUUUGUGGAACACAGAAGUGCUCACCACAAUUCUCCGGUUGCUCCAGGAACUCGAGGAGAACCUUCAGACAGAUCCCACUUGUCGGGAGCCGCAGUUUACCAUUCGAGGAUACGAACAAGGCUGGAGCAUUCAGUUGCAAGACUCGAUAGAAGGUCGGCGCGCCGUCGUGAAGGACUUCUCUCUCCGCGUCAAACAGAUUCUGAAGGAAGCACUUCGAUGGGCUCCCGCUGCGACGCACAGCAACCUUCUCGAAUAUGUCUCCAAAUUCGGAACCACGUGCGAUGCCGCCAUGCAAUUGGCUCUGGACGCGACAAGUGAAGGUCAAGGAAUGGCGAAAGCGAGUGGGGCGUACAUGACGUCUCUCUACAAAAGGAGUCUGUACCUGGGGCAAGUGAAGGGAAUGCUGGCCACCACCCUGAGCGGAGAUAUCGACGAAGCUACCGCCGAGAAUCGAUUGAUCGACAAACUCGAAACGGACUUCACGAGAGCGUGUCGCAGCGGAAAAGACAAUGAAAUGGAGCAGGCAGUGCUGCUGCUCACGGCGCUUUUCGUCACCCUCCGCAGUCUGAACGAGAGGAUCCUCACUCUUCUCGUGAGAACUCCCUUGUGCAACUUCACCGAAUCCACCGUUUCGUUGUGCACAAUGGCAUGGAAUUGGCUGCUUUCUGCUCGCCCGGAAGCCCACAACACUUUCCUCCACGAACAAGCGAGAGCGUUUGCCGACUCUUGUCGGUUUGGAUUGGGACUGUUUGAAAAGGAGCACGACAAUUUGAGCACUUCUCCUUUGUGCCGUCAGCUUGAGCGACCACCGAAUUCCGCCAACUUCCGCCCUCAUCGAGCGUGGGUGGAGUUCAUCGCCGAGAGGUGUGACGUGGCAUCUUACUCAUCUCGCGAACAACUCGACGUUCUUGAAAUGAUGUUCUCACAGACUCUUUCUGCCCAAAUCGGAACAGGACAUCUGAACGGAGCCAGCUCAACACACAGUGCGAAUCUGAGCGGAACUCCGAGAAGAGAGUCCAUCAACCAGAUAACACGGGGCAUCGAAGCUGUUGGAGUCCGCUUCCGUCUUCUUUCGACGGUUCUUGGAAUGGUGCAGCAGGAGGCAUGCACUCUUCGUCCAACCAAUGUGCUCAUUCGACAAAGAGUCUACUCCAGUGCUUUCCAUUACUUCACGUUAGCUCCACAAGGACCUACUCAAUCGGAAGACGCUCUUCGAGAGGAUAUCCGUCUUCUAGUCGUUUUCUUCAACCACGUACGUACCGAUUCGCGAUAUCUGAAAAAGGAAGCAAUGGCAAAAACGGGAAAAGAGAUGGUGAUGUCGAGUACAAUGUCCCAGAUGCAGUCUGCCUUUGAGAAGAGUCUUCUGAUUGGAGGCGGUGGAUACGACCCUCUGGCGACCAUCAAAUCGACGUCUGGAAGCAAUGGAACUCCGACGAUGACUCUAAUGCUUCCUCCGUCGACGAACUACGCCAACACGCUCACUUUGUCCUCUCAGAAGUCGAUUGCAGCUGCGACGGCGUCAAUGAGAAGUGGAAAGUCGAUAGAAAAGAAAUUGUCGUUAGAAGAAGAUCGGAGAAUCAAGAAGUGGAACAAACAGAGACAUCUCCUCAUGCUACUGCUCGCCAAUGAAAUCGAGAGAUUGUGCGCGUGGCUGCAUCCGCUGGCACUGAGUCAGGAAGAAGACACUCUGGACAUCGAACAAUGGCUGAAAGCGACUGUCCUGCCGGACAUUCGCAGUGAGAACAAGCUCUGGAGGGAGCAUGUGCAGUCCGCGUGGGAUAUCUCUCCCGAACUGGCCAUCCAACUGCCCGCGCGUUUCAAAGGAUCCGAAGAUCUGAUCAAGUGCGUUCAGAAACUCGUCCGAGCUCAGCCAGAACUCGUCGCUCACCUGCCACAAGCACUUCCGCUCUUCCUCAGAGACGCCUCCGUCUUCGAGACUGCCGACAUGUCCCACGUGCUCACCUGGGCUCGCUGCUCUCCGGUCACUGCCCUUUCCCUUCUGACUCCUCGCCAGAAUCCGGCCCAUCCGAUCACCAUGCAAUACGCCGUGCGCGUGCUCCGUUCUUAUCCGGCCGACGCUCUUCUCAUGUACAUUCCGCAAAUUGUGCAAGCCGUCCGUUUCGACACAAUGGGAUACAUUUCGGAAUUGAUGAUCUGGUUGGCCGGCCACUCACAACUUCUGGCUCACCAGCUGAUCUGGAACAUGCAGACGAAUAUGUACACAGAUGAAGACAGCAAAAACAGGGAUCCCGUGUUGUUCGAUGCUCUCAGCGACAUCACACAGAAGGUGAAAACAUCAGAAAUUAAUUAUUUAAUGUUCUCGGUUUCAGAUUAUUUCUCAACUGGAAGGUGCCGCUCGUCGUUUCCAUGAAGCCGAAUUCAAGCUCUUCCACCAACUGACUGCCAUUUCCGGCACAAUAAAGCCUUUCCCGAAAGGCGAAGCUCGGAAGAAAGCAUGUUUGAAAGCAUUGGCUGAUGUGAAAAUAGAGACGAUCACCUAUUUGCCGUCGAAUCCAGAGGCAAUCCUUCUCGAUCUGGACUAUUCGUCCGGAACUCCCAUGCAGUCAGCUGCCAAGGCCCCAUUUCUCGCCCGUUUCCGUGUGAAACGAUGCGGAGUGCGCGAGUUGGAAAGGAUCGGACUGCAGGCGCAAUCGGAGAACGGACGGACUGUCGAGUGCGAUCUGGAAGAACUGAAGAAAGCUCAGGACAGUCGAGUUUGCUGGCAAGCGGCCAUCUUCAAAGUGGGCGACGACGUGCGGCAGGACAUGCUCGCACUGCAACUGAUGCAACUGAUGAAGAACGUGUGGGCGGGACUCGGUCUGCCUGUCCGCGUGUUCCCCUACCGAGUGGUGGCCACUUCUCCCGGCUGCGGAGUCAUCGAAUGCGUGCCCAAUUCCAAAAGCCGAGACCAACUGGGAAGACAAACUGAUUUCGGAUUAUACGAAUACUUUAAGACGCAGUACGGGGACGAGAGUAGCGAAACAUUCCAAGAGGCGAGAAGAAACUUCGUUCGGAGCAUGGCCGCCUAUUCGGUGUUCAGUUAUCUGCUUCAAAUCAAAGAUCGACACAAUGGAAACAUUAUGAUCGAUUUGGACGGACACAUAAUUCAUAUUGGUUGGAUCAAAAUUCAAUACAGUCAAAUCAGCAAGUUCCAUUUUCAGACUUUGGAUUCAUGUUCGAAAGUAGUCCGGGAGGAAAUUUGGGCUUCGAGCCGGAUUUCAAGUUGAGCGAAGAGAUGGUGGCUAUAAUGGGCGGGAAGAUGGAAGCCGCUCCGUUCCGUCAGUUCGCCAGCCUCUGCGUGCACGCCUUUCUGGCCGUCCGUCCAUAUGAAAAGGAAUUCGUCUCGCUCGUUUCUCUGAUGCUCGACACCGGACUUCCGUGUUUCCGUGGCAAGACUAUCAAUCAACUGAGAUCCCGAUUCGCUCCAACUCUGAACGAACAGGAUGCGGCCAAGUGAGUAUUUUCCCCGGGACUCCCAAUCCCAGAAAACGGUACAUUUUUCAGGUUCAUGCAUUCGGUGAUAACCAAUUGUUUCUUAAACAUUCGCUCGAAAAUGUACGAUCAACUACAAUACUUCCAGAAUGAAAUUCCCUAUUAA